GACACCUCCGUAGCUUGUUAGCCAAUAUAGCCGAAACGUAUGAGCUCUUAAGACUGUUUCGGUGUAUAUUGGUCCCUGUGUUUAAAACAUAAUUAUUUCGUAUAGCUAGUUUCACCAUUUAAUUAAAUAUAUACGUUGUUAAGUUAGUAGCUAGCUGGAUUGCUGAAUUAGCUUAGAACCAGGCUAGUCGUUAAUGCUAACUAGCUAACAUCUCCGACCAUGAGUUCACUAAGCUACUCUCCUCCUGAUAAAGAAGAGGAGGUCUACUGGACGGAGAAAGAAGCUCUGGGACUGAACAUUGUCGUGAAAGAAGAGGAGGGGGAUAUUACAGUAAAAGGAGAGGAAGAAGCUUUCAGAAUGCAAGAGGAGGUAGAAGAGGCCAUCAGUAUCACAUUAAAAGAAGAGGAUGAUGUUACAGUGAAAGAAGAGAAAGAACAUGUUGGAGUGAAAUAUGAAGAGGGGAUAGAGGCUGUCACAGUAGAAGAAGAGGAGGUAGAAGCUUUCAGAAUUAAAAAGGAGGAAGAGGAGGAGGAUGUUAUAGUGAAAGAAGAGAAAGAACCUUUUGAAGAGGAAGAGGAGGCUGAAGAUCUGAUUAACACCCGAGAGGGACCAGACUCUCACUCUGACAGCAGGAAGAGUCCUUCAGGGGAACCAGACCCAGAGACGCCCAAACCAGCAAGACCACACCACUGCUCCCACUGUGGAAAGAGUUUUACCCGGUUCUGGAACCUAAAACAGCAUGAGACGAUGCACACAGGAGAAAAGCCUUUUCAAUGUUCCCAGUGUGGAAAGAGUUUUACCUGGUUAAGGGCCCUGAAUAGGCAUGAAGAAAUACAUACAGCAGGGAGGAAGACCCACCAAUGCUCCCAGUGUGGAAAGAGUUUUACUCAGUUAGGAAGCCUGAAAAUACAUGAGAGAAUUCAUACAGGAGAGAAGCCUUACCCCUGCUCCCUGUGUGGAAAGAAUUUUACCAUGUUAGGCAAUCUUAAAAAACAUGAGAAAAUACACUCAGGAGAGAAGCCUUACCACUGUUCCCUGUGUGGAAAGAGUUUUACCCAGAUAGGGAGUCUGAAAACACAUGAGAGAAUGCACACAGGAGAGAAGCCUUAUUACUGCUCCCAGUGUGGCAAGUAUUUUUCUCAUUUAGAGACCCUGAAAAUACAUAAGAGAAUACAUACAGGAGAGAAGCCUCACCACUGCUCCCUGUGUGGAAAGAGUUUGACCACUUUGGGCAAUCUAAAAGAGCAUGAGAGGACACACACGGGAGAAAAGCCUUUUAAGUGUUCCCUCUGUGGAAAGAGUUUUACCCAUUUAGCGAGCCUGAAAAGGCAUAAAGGAAUACACACAGGAGAAAAGCCUUACCAAUUCUCCCAGUGAGGAAAGAGAUUUUCACGAUUACAGGACCUUACAUGACAUGAGAGGACACACCUGACCACUGCUCCCAAUGUGGAAAGACUUUUACCUUGUUAGGGAUCCUGAAAACAUUGAGACACAGGAGAAAAGAUCUACCACUGUUAUCAGUGUGGAAUAAGAUUUACCCGGUUCUAGAACCUGAAAUAAUUCAUAUAAAUACACAGGAGGAGAAGACAUACCACUGCUCCCAUUGUGGAAAGACAUUUCCCAGUCAGAGGACCUGAAAACACAUGAGAGAAUAGAGAGGCUGUGUUCUGACUUAAGUUUUUGACUGAGAAUUUGGGGUUUUGUUUAAAACCACAUUAUUAAAUCGUAUUCAGAAAAGGUUUACAGGAAUUGGUUUAAAAAGGUUUACAGGAAUUGGUUUAAAAAGGUUUACAGGAAUUGGUUUAAAAAGGUUUACAGGAAUUGGUUUAAAAAGGUUUACAGGAGAGGCCUGGGAAUUCCUGUAAACCUUUUAUGAGUUAUGAUUUAAUGUGGUAUUAUAUAUAUAUAUAUAUAUACACUGCUCAAAAAAAUAACGAGAACACUUAAACAACACAAAGUAACUCCAAGUCAAUCACACUUCUGUGAAAUCAAACUGUCCACUUUGGAAGCAACACUGAUUGACAAUAAAUUUCACAUGCUGUUGUGCAAAUGGAAUAUACAACAGGUGGAAAUUAUAGGCAAUUAGCAAGACAUCCCCCAAUAAAGUAGUGGUUCUACAGGUGGUGACCACAGACCACUUCUCAGUUCCUAUGCUUCCUGGCUGAUGUUUUGGUCACUUUUGAAUGCUGGCGGUGCUUUCACUCUAGUGGUAGCAUGAGACGGAGUCUACAACCCACACAAGUGGCUCAGGUAGUGCAGCUCAUCCAGGAUGGCACAUCAAUGCGAGCUGUGGCAAGAAGGUUUGCUGUGUCUGUCAGCGUAGUGUCCAGCGCAUGGAGGCGCUACCAGGAGACAGGCCAGUACAUCAGGAGAUGUGGAGGAGGCCGUAGGAGGGCAACAACCCAGCAGCAGGACCGCUUUCUCCGCCCUGGUUGCAAGGAUGAGCAGGAGGAGCACUGCCAGAGCCCUGCAAAAUUACCUCCAGCAGGCCACAAAUGUGCAUGUGUCUACUCAAAUGGUCAGAAACAGAUUCCAUGAGGGUGGUAUGAGGGCCCGACGUCCACAGGUGGGGGUUGUGCUUACAACUCAACACCGUGCAGGACGUUUGGCAUUUGCCAGAGAACACCAAGAUUGGAAAAUUCGCCACUGGCGCCCUGUGCUCUUCACAGAUGAAAGCAGGUUCACACUGAGCACAUGUGACAGACGUGACAGUCUGGAGACGCCGUGGAGAACGUUCUGCUGCCUGCAACAUCCUCCAGCGUGACCGGUUUGGCAGUGGGUCAGUCUUGGUGUGGGGUGGCAUUUCUUUGGGGGGCCACACAGCCCUCCAUGUGCUCGCCAGAGGUAGCCUGACUGCCAUUAGGUACCCGAGAUGAGAUCCUCAGAUCCCUUGUGAGAUCAUAUGCUGGUGUGGUUGGCCCUGGGUUCCUCCUAAUGCAAGACAAUGCUAGACCUCAUGUAGUUGGAGUGUGUCAGCAGUUUCUGCAAGAGGAAGGCAUUGAUGCCUUGGACUGGCCCGCCCAUUCCCCAGACCUGAAUCCAAUUGAGCACAUCUGGGACAUCAUGUCUCGCUUCAUCCACCUACGCCACGUUGCACCACAGACUGUCUAGGAGUUGUAGGGAGGUCAUACAGGCACGUGGAGGCCACACACACUACUGAGCCUCAUUUUGACUGGUUUUAAGGACAUUACAUCAAUGUUGGAUCAGCCUGUAGUGUGGUUUUCCACUUUAAUUUUGAGUGUGACUCCAAAUCAGACCUCCAUGGGUUGAUAAAUUUGAUUUCCAUUGAUCAUUUUUGUGUGAUUUUGUUGUCAGCACAUUCAACUAUGUAAAGAAAAAAGUAUUUAAUUCAUUCAGAUCUAGGGUGUGUUAUUUUAGUGUUCCCUUUAUUUUUUUUGAGCAGUGUAUAUAGUUUUUUGUUGUUUUUGUGGUUGCCUGUUUUGCAUGUUAUUUUGGCAUUAAUAUGCAUCACAUCAGUUUGCAAACAAUGUUUAAAAAAAUGAAUUAAUAAAUAUUGCGUUAAUAAAGCCG